AUGUCCUUCGGUUGGACCAGAUCUGCUACGAAUACCAGCAACAUUAACUUACGAUAUACCGUGGACGUAACAGCCUCGGAUUGCCUCCACGGUAAUCACCGCGGCAUCGCAACAACAUCACCUCUUCUGUACGAAGGAAGCUCGCUGGACUUGAUGACUGCAAUGGCACCUUCGGCAACUUCGCUGACUGUAGGAAUGACUGAGCCCCCCUGGCCACGCUUCGAGACGCCGCCUCCGUUCUCUAACCACAUAACAUCACCCGUCAAUAUCGUCUUGCGCCAUGCCGCGACUGGGAACGCAGAUAUGGGAGCAGAUUUGCGGUCGAAACAAAGCAGGAGCAUCGUAGCGGCCACGCUCGCCAAUAUCGCCGCUGGUCGCGAGAGGUUCAAGAGGUCGUCGCAUAUCAGCAGUCUCGGGUAUGCGCGGCUGCGCGUCGGACUUGGAGAUGAGUGGGCAAACGUCUCCAUCAUCAUGAUCACCAACGACCUCGUGGUUCACAUGCAGACAACGCCUCGUCAUGCGUCUUUCCGUACUGGGCCAGAUCAUCGAAUGCCGCGGUCACAUCGAGACUGCCAUAACCAUUUCUGGAUCUCAUUUGCCCUCAAUACCCCAGAAUCUCUGCCGACUUCUCAGGCUUUGACGAGGAAGAGAUGGACUAUUGGAAGGCUGGCCGUACCUACAAUGCCGGAAGCUUUCGCCAAAUUCAUGGUCAUCAGAGUUCUUCAGGAAGCUCGAACUCCUCCUUUGUCAUCGAAGGCAGCGGAAGAUUUUCUGGCCGGGGCGGAUGUGGUGCACCUCAGCAACCAAACGCUUUGCCUUCCUCGGCUGCCCCACAACAACAUGAGGCAGAGGGCUUUCGCUCGCGAUGACUGCACAGCGAACAAGGCCGUAAAGCACGUGUCGCAGUUGAAGUGGGUGAUGUCGGCUUGUAGCAUGGUACAUCAUGAGUCUCACGAAUUCUUCUACUGCCUGAAAUGCUUCAAUUCCUUCCCCUCCGCCCACGAGAGGGACGUUCACAUUUUGGAUGGGUGUUCGCACGUCUGCGUGAAUCCAACAUGCCUAAACUCUGGAGCCCAGCUCAGCGCGUGUGGCCAUCGCGACAACACUCCACAAGCCAAAUGGAUGGCACUGUCACGUCUGUACCACCAACGCUUCCGGCAAGCAACGCUCAGGCCUCAUAACAGCAGAGAUGGCGCUCGCGCACGCAGACGGAGAAGUGGUAACGCGUGCUUACAGACAUCGCGUACAACCCUUGCAAUCGCAGGCUCUUCUGAGCCUCUUACGCUAUCGCUAUUCACUACUGCGCCCAAUCCUCGGCUCUCCGUGCCUGAGGAUGCUGCCUCCGUCUCCGGCUCGGAUUCGUCGCAGCCAGUCUCGGAGACCGAAGUCCUUCUCAGCAAUGUAUCCUCCAUGUGCCGCGCCACCUCUGCCCUUGUUGACACACUGCUCAACCCACCUCAUGCCGCCAACUCCAUCACGCCAGGAGCGGCUGAAGUGAUUCACACGCAGUCAUGGGCAACUUUACAGGCAUGUCAUGAGCUGUUCCACGACCUGGGAGGCCAGAACGUCUUUGAUGGAGCGCUCGCAGGCCUCUCAUCUCGGGAUUUGUACGUGGUCAGGACGGCGUUGAAUCUCCCUGUUGUCUCCCCGACCAAUGGGACUGCAAUGGGACCAUCUCGACACGCAUUUGCAUCGGCUGCUGACGACCUCAUGGACAUUCCUGGCUUGACCUCGUCUUCUGGGAAUCGCAAUGAGCUCGCUCAUGUGGGAAUGACGCCUCUCACGAACAUGAAUCCUACGCCUACUUUCGAUUUGAUGAGCUGGUAUGAUAAUUUCGAGCGUGACGGUGGAGAUACCCAAUACGCGUAUUCAUUAUUGAUUGGCAUAUUCUCUCUUGAUCACCUUCUCGCUGUCCUGGUCAUGGGCAUUUCUUGGCGUGGCUUGGUAAAGUCAUCGUCAUAG